GAGCGAUUGAAAAUAACUUUCUUUCCAAAUUGGUCAAGUUAUUUCUGCAAAAAAACCUUCAAAAUUCUCUAUUAAUCUACUGGUUCAGGUAACUGUGUAUCUACGAUACCUUUAUGAGUGGCUAAUACUCCUCUUCAUGGUGCUUUUUUGAGGAAAAUGUUCGUAUUUUGAACCACAUUCAUCAAAGUUGUUUACCUUGGUCACUGGUUGCUGUUGGUUGUCAAGGACAAGAGAGAUUUGCAUUUGAGGCGAAAGGCGGCUGAAAACAUCGAAUAUGAGGUUCAAGACUCACGUAUUAAAAGAAUCAAAACGUAUCCUUUUUAAUCAAAAUGCUAGUAGACGUAGAUCAUGCGCAGACGUACCGUAAACACCAGCAGAUUUGGCUCAAGCCCUACCUCUGGAUAAGCCGAUGUACCUUGUCGCAUCAUUUUCCUUAUGCUGACCAGAAAUCACAACCAAAUUGCGCUCCACUCAGUUCAAAAGCCAUUAUUUAUAAUAAUUUAAAACUUAAGUCGUAAAUCGAUUUUAAAGUGCUACACCUUACGUUAAAACGAACUAGAAAAUAGAACCUUUACUUGACUUUGUUUUAACAUUUCGACUAGCUAAGAGUUUACCAUUGGUUACAAAACGUCUCCUUUGCAUUUGUAUUAUAACAUUCUUGACCAACGACAACAGAUAAAGAUCUUGUAAGUUGUGUCGGUUGGACAUCAGCUGAUGAGCUGUUUUCUAGUGGGUAGGUUAAUUCACAUGUAUUAGAUGUGAUUGGUUUAGAAAUCCACCAGGAAAAAAGAUAAAAGAAAAACAAUGGUGAUGCACAGGGACACCUAGUGCUCUAAUUGCUUGCGCUCCACUAUGAGGCAAGAAGUUUAAGUUUGAGUACUUCUCUGCACCUGGGAGAACAAAUGGGCACUCAGGUGAACUGUCAGGGAAGCCUGAUGAAAUGCUGAGGGAUAACCUACGAUGGACUAAUUAAUGUUCAAUCCAGGGGGGAGCAACAAUGCUUCUAGUCACUUCAUGCAACAGGAACUGAAAUAAGCUCCCACAGGAUGGGGUACUUGGCUUGAGUACAGACUUAACCCUUACCUCCACUGUAUUCAAUUUUAUGAUUCUUUCAGGUGAUUUAAUUUUAACCAAUUUAUACUUGAAUUGUCUUUUUUGAUCUCUAACAGAGAUGAUCACAGCAUAUUGAAAUGGAAUCUGUUAUCAGAUGAAACCACACAGGUAGGCUUGUUUCAUUUCACAGUGUUAGAAAGUUUAUUGUCAUUCCAAUGUUGUUAGUAAUUAAUGGUGAGUUCUUAAACUUAAGGUGGAUUUUUUCUCUGUCAACCUUUCUGGUGGUUGUCUCUUAAACAGGUCAUGAAAUUGCCAGCAGAGAUCUUUCCAACUGACAUACACUGGUUUCCGCGUGGCGCUGGAGGCAAAAAACAAAGCCAGUCAGAGCUGUUUGUCCUCACUUCAACAGAUGGUAAGCUCAUCUCUAAAGAUGAGGUCACAUGACUGCCUGACAUAGGGGUUGUCCAGUGGGUGACUUUUUUUGCAAAUUUAUCAGUAGUCACUGAACAUGUUCCUGACUCCUGAGUUCAAAUGUUAAAUUGCAUUUUAAACCCUUAAACACCCAAAAGUGAUUAAUAUUUAACUUCUCUCUGUUAUGUCCAUUCAUCAUUCAGCAAACAGGUAAUGAGAAUAUUCUAAUCCAACACCAAAUUCUCGUAAUUUAUUUACAUAUACAAAGAAAUGAUGGAGAAUUAAGAAUCAGAUCUCAGGAGUUUAAAGGUUUAAGAAGGAAAUAAAGGAUAUUUUGUGUUAAAUUUAUUGGGUGUAUAACCUGUUAUUUGUCAUUUCCUACAGGUAAAUUCCACUUGAUAUCUCGGAAUGGUCGUAUUGAGAAAUCUGUUGAAGCUCACAGGGGCGCUGUGCUGUCUGGAAGAUGGAGCCUUGAUGGAUCAGCAAUGGUGACAGGUUUGAAAGGCCUUCCUUAUUUGAGUAAGCCAUUAUAUAGUUGUGUACAUAGUUGCCAAGCCUUUGAUUUGGAGUGAGGCUGAAGGUGACCAUGUUGUGAUAGAGACCGGUAUCUUGUUAGCAUGAUAACAAAGUGAUUUAGCAGCAGUGUUUGUAUCAUAACAAGACCCCUAGCUUUGACACCUCUGUUCAAAGGCUUGGCAACCAAGCAUGCAACUGUAAAAUGGACUAUUAUGCACCUGAAUGGAGACUGCAUAUAUGAGUUUAUUUUCCUAGCCAGCCAGUAGAUUGUCUGAAAGCAAACUCUCAAAUUACCAGUUGUGGACAAAGUAUGGUUGUAAGAGACACUUGAGAGCAAUAAUUAUAUUGAUUUUGGUGUGCUUCACCCUGUUUGAACUGUGUCUUGUAAAAUAACACAGAAAUAUUCACUGGCUGCAAACCCAUUUCUUGGCUGAUUGUUUUACCUUCGGAGAGCAAAAGUAAAUUUAGCAGCAAGGUGAUAAUAAAUGCCUAUUCAAACUCAAAGCAUUUAAUUCAGAGUAUAUCUUUAAGUGUACUGCUAUUAAUUUUAUCUUUGAAUUUUUUUACCAGUUGGAGAAGAUGGCCAAGUAAAGAUAUGGUCUAGGAGUGGAAUGUUAAGAUCAACACUGGUUCAAGCAGGUUUGUGUGCAAAAACUUUAAUACAGUGCUGUAAAUUUUUGGUGCUUCGAAUUCACACAUUAGAAAUAAGCUGAGGCAGAAUUUUUUUGAAUGGGUUUCUCCCUCUACCAGAAAGGUUUGCAGUCUUGCAUGUAAAACUGAUUCUUGGAAGAUUUGACCAAGUCACCUGGGGCUCAACCUAAAGGUUUGGAAAUUGGUAUUUCAAGAAUAGUGAAAGUCUAUAUCUAGUUGCCAAAAUCCUGAAAAUUUCAGUCAAGAUCAUGCUUGUACAAUUGAGUUUGACUUGCCUUAAUUACAAGCUAUGCUACAGUGGUAAUAUGUUUUAGUAAUUGUGUUUUCACAGGGACCCCAGUAUAUUCUGUAUCAUGGAGCCCAGACUCUGACCAGAUUCUUCACACAAGUGGAAAGCAGUUAGUGAUUAAACCUUUACAAGCUGCUGCUAAACUAGUGCAGGUAUUGUUUGUAACAACCCAGGUAGAAAUCUUAUUAAGAUUCUUAUUAAGAUUCUUACCAAGUUUCUUACCAAAUCUUAUAAGAUUCCUGGCAGGAUCUUAGUAAGAUUUUUAAUAAGAAUCUAAACAGGAUCUUACCCAAAAUCCUUUAAAAAUCUUAAUAAGAUUCUUGUAAGAUUUCUAUGAGAUUCUAACAAGAUUCUUACAGGUAUCCUAUGAGAUUCUUAUAAGAUUCCUACAAGAAAAUUUCUUAAAAAUCUUUCACCGAUUCUUGUAAGAAUCUUAUUAAGAUCCCUUAUAAUAUAAGAUCUUGUAAGUAACUUAAACAGAAUAACCUCCUCUUCACAUCUUUUUUACAGCACCAUAACAUUUCCAUAUAACAAGAGUCUUAGAAAGAUCACCCAAUAAGAUCUUAUUAAGAAUCCUACGAGAAAUCCCAUAAGAUCCUACUAAGAUAUAACAAGAGUCUUAGAAAGAUCACCCAAUAAGAUCUUAUUAAGAAUCUUACAAGAAAUCCUACAAGAUCUUACUAAAAUUCCUAAAAUAAAUCCAUCUAACUAAGAAUCUUAUUGAAAAAUUGAUAAGAUCUUUUGAGAUUUUCAAAACAUCAAAAAUCUUUAUAGUGAGAUCUUAUAUCUUAUUAAGGAUCUUGUAAGAUUCUUAGAGGAUCUUAUAAGAUCUUGUAAGAUCUUAAUAAGAUUUCUACCUGGGAAGCUGAUAACUUAGUUUGCACCUUUAGCUUACAGAAUAUUCUAACCCAUUAUCUAUUAGUGACUGGUAUUUAAAAUUAAAUCUAUUUGGAGUUAAUUUACUCAUGUCAAAGUGGUCACAAACCAGUGAUAUAAAACUCUUUGAAGGAGUGCAGCCCUGAUCAAUGGACAAUUAACACAUUUGCUACUACUUUGAUGUACAUGUAUAUACUAGGUAGUCUGGGAGAGAAGAACUGUAGAACAAUUGUUAUGUUAUGUCCAGGGAUGUGCCAGCUACUUCUGAGUUGUCGCUUUGUGAUGCUAUUGAGAAGACACAACAGAUUGGGUGUAAUAUUUACUUCAAUUUAGCUAUGAAAUCCCUUCACUGUAAAUAUUUCAAAUUAAUCUCAUCUUUUUUUAUAUAUAUCUCAUAACAUAGUGGAAAGCUCAUGAUGGAAUUGUGUUAAAAGUGGACUGGAAUCCUAUCAAUAACUUGAUCAUAUCUGGGGGAGAAGACUGCAAAUAUAAGGUACUUAACAUACAGGCUUUGAUUUAUAUUAGACAAGGAAAAAGACAGAUAUGGCCUUUGCUGAAGAUGCUGAACAAUUAUGAAGGCAAGGAAUAAUUUUCUUUGUUAUCAUUGGUUUCCUGUUAGGUCUGGGACAGUUACGGCAGAGUGUUGUAUUCCAGCAUGUUGCAUGAAUAUCCUAUUACCAGUAUUUCAUGGGCUCCAGAUGGUAAGUUUCUUUUUAUUUGGACUUUUAAACAGGUAUUGAACAGACAUUUUUCUUUUGGUAUCAUUAAUCUCUGCAGUCACUUUGUCUGAGAUUUUAUAUCUGUCGUCAAGAAUAGAUACACAUGAACGAUAAAUGUUACAAAAUAACUUUAUGUCUUUAUCUCUCUUUUGUAGGUGAACUCUUUGCUGUUGGGUCUUUUAAUACUCUGAGACUCUGUGACAAAACUGGGGUAAACUAUUUUUAAAUUAAAUGUUGAUUUAGCAGAAAAAGAAAUAGAAAAUUAAAUGAUUAUACUCCUACAGACUAAAUCCUCUCAAUUCAACCAAUGUCACCAUUACAAUAUAAUACAGUGUAACAAUACUUCAAAGAAAAUAUUGGAACCUCUUUGCUAGUUUAUAAAAUAUGUAAAGUAUGCAGGAAAACAACUACUUAUUACAAAGACAAGGUGCAGAAUGAUAUGCAUGAAGUCUUGUUAUCACUUUAACCCCUAAGAAUGACCAGCAUCUAAUUUCUCCUCACAAUAUCACCCCUGAAUCAAACAUUAAGGUCAUGAGAAUAAAGGAAAUGAUCACCAACUAAAGAAGCUCUUGAUUGUUAAACAAAUUCUCCUUGUCAGCAUCUUGGGAAAUGUAUAGAGAACAGUGUGGAGAAUAUGCAUGCUGAUGUUAAGGUGUAAAGGGUUAUGAACAUAAUCUGCCGACAAGCUUAUGAAUUGCAGGAUUAAACCAUAAUCAGAGUUUCUAAUUUUAAAAUCUCCAUUGAGCUCAGGUUUUGAAAGCUACUUUUCAUAUUUAAUUUUGUUUUCUGUACUUAAUAAGUACAGAAAACAAAAUUAAAUAUGAAAAGUAGCACAGUUUUGUUCACCAGAAGAAGUAGUCUGUUUAAGUUGGCUAUUUCUGAAUUUUUACCAAAGGCAACUGGAAGCUACAUUAUGAUGUGCUUUGUACCAAUUACCACUGUGUUAAUAUUUGUCUACACUGUAAUUCCUUCAGUGGUCUUACACUCUGGAGAAACCCAAUACUGGCUCAAUCUUUAACAUUUCUUGGUCAAGUGAUGGAACACAGCUUGCUGGUGCUUGUGGGAAUGGACAAGUUAUCUUUGCUCAUGUCAUUGAAAGGUGAGCUCUGAGAGUGAGACAUUGGAAAGUAAUUUGCUACAUUAUGUUAUAUAGUUUACAGAGUCUGGAAAUUGAGGCUUAUUAUGAAUUGGAAUUGUUAUGAACUGUUUCCUUUGGCAGACGUCUCGAGUGGAAAAACUUUGAAGUAACAGUAACAGACCGCAAGAGCAUUCUCGUCAGAGAUGUAAUGAAUGAUGUGAAGGAAUCAUUGGGUAAUAAUAAAUGAACAUAUCAUUGAAAGUAAUUUUUUUUCAGAUCCUUGAAAAUCUUGUUACUAAAUCUUUGGUUUCCAUGAUCAUUCGUAAGAGUGUGUUUUGCACUAAACAAGAUCUUCAUGAUUCCUUUAGACUUCCGAGAUCGUAUUAUCAAGACUUCAUUAGCUUUCAACCACCUUGUUGUAGCAACAACAUCUCAGUGCUACAUAUACAGGUUAGUUGCGUUAGAAUGGGUAUGGAGUCUUAAUAAUAAUCAAUGAACUAAGAUCAUUGUUGUAUAUGCUGAUAUUUAUUACUGAUUUGACAUAUUUGCUUUUUAUUUCACAGUGUCAGAAACUGGAACACACCAAUGAUAUUUGACCUCAAGAAUGGAAAUAUCACCCUCAUUGUCCAGACUGAAAAGUAAGUACUAAUGAAACAUUUUCUUUUUUUCCACUUACUUAAUUUCUGUCUUUAACAGUUUGGUGCUUGCUAAAAAACUCUCCCCCUAUUUUUAAUCCUCAAUUGUAUCUGUCCUUCAAAAUCAAAUGUUUGUGAGAGGCAAAAUGAACACUCUGCUGCUCCCCAAUAAGAUGAUUAUAUGGGAUAAUUUUUUUGUUAACAAUUACAUACAGUUUACAGAAGGAUGUCAUCUCAAGAAUCCCCAAGGAAACAGCCUAGUAUAAAGGGCUAACACUCAAAACGUGACCAAUUUUCUUUAUCAACUCAGUUGAUAAAACCAAAAUUUUAUCCAUAAGAAUGAUCUUAAAGUGAGCUUUAACUUGUUGCUUUAUUUUUUCAGACACUUUCUUCUAGUUGAUGACUCAGGACUUCAAGUUUACUCAUAUGAGGUUUGUGCCAAAAUAUUUACACUGGCGCCAGUUUUGAGUCCUAUGCAUUUUCUGUACCUCUGAUCAGCCAUGACAGUUUAAAUAGCAUUAUAAUUAUUUUAUCAUCAUGAAACUCUUAAAUUGUGUUUUUAAACCAUCCAUCGCAAUUGAUUUGAUCAAUCUUGCAGGGUCGUUUGACCUGUGUUCCAAAGUUUCAGGGGCUAAGGACUGACACCUUGAAUGAACAAACUUGUACAUUAAGCAAUGAUACACUUGCAGUCAAAGAUCGCAAAGAUGAGAAAGGUAAUGUUGGAAAUUACACCUUCAGUGAAUUAAACUUCUAACUUAUCAAGUCCUCGGGCUUUACUGGGGAAUAUUGACCUAAGGUUGUGGCAGUACACACCAAGCACAGCAAGGUCUGUACAAAAUUGACCAAGAGCCAACAUUCCCCAGUACAGCUCAAGCAAGCCAGGUUAGUAAGUAGUUUAUUAAUUAAAAUGGCCCUAGCACUAAAGUUGUUUAUUUAGAAUUCUUGUGACCAAAAAUACAUAGUUUAUGACUUUUUUCAUGGAAAAAAUCUGUACAGCAAAAUAUGGACAAGUACAAACCAAUCAGAUUGCUUGGAUUUACUUCAGGACUUCCUUGCCAUAGAAUAAUCUAUUAUAAUGCUACAAGGCAUAGUGAAGGAUCUUGUAAAUGACUCAAGUGUUAAGUUUGUUUGUACAGUUUCAUUGCAUUGUUGUUGCUGUUUUUUUCUUUUUUUCAGUUAUCCAUUUAUUUGAAACUCAGACAGGAAAGCCAGUUGGAAGUGGCCAGCCAAUCCAACACUCUGUGAGUGUUUUUUUUUUUAAAUUAAAGGAGUUGUAAAUUGCGUUUGGUUUUUUCCCGCCUCUCUAUACACAAGUUCUAAGAGGACUUGCAUUCAGCAUUAUGUGCGCUGACGCAAUCAUCUUCAGUUCACUCUUUUAAAGUACCAUGCAGGUCGAGUCUGUUAACAGAUACUCUAAAAAGAUCAUAAGCAAACCUUGUUAUAGUUUACCAUUAGCCACUUCUUACAAAUUGUUUGAAUUAUUUAUUUUAUUUGUUUAUUGGAUUAACCUGCUCCCCUGGUGUCUUCUUAUUCCAGCUGGAAGUAAUGGAGAUUUCUCUGAGCCAGUGUGGUCAGACUAGUGGCAGGCAACUGGCCAUUAUUGAUAAAAACAGAGAUCUUUAUCUUACACCUGUCAAACACAUUGGUCCAGCUGAAAGAUUGGUUAAACUUGGUUAGUACAACAGACAACUUACUUUGAUUAUUAAUAAUCUUUGUGAAUUAUGGAAGUGUAUCCAACUUUAUAGAAUUGAUUAGAGGCUCUCUUCAACUGACAUCUUUGAGAGGUAAAUUUGAAUAAACAUUUUGUGACUGGGAUGGCCUCAUAUAAAGUAAAUACAAAAUGUGAAAUGACUCUUUUGGUGAUCUGUGAGCAAGCAACAUUACUAGCUAGGUAAAUCCUAUUUCCUGUUUGGUUUUCUGAGGAGAUUGCUUGAUUUCCUAUUUUGCCCUCGCAGAAGUCACAGGAAUGUAGGCCAAAACCAAAAUGGCAGAUUUGAUGAAAUUUCAUCAAAGCAAGUGAUCGUUCAAACAAUGAAUUUAUGGAGUUGACAAUUUUGGCAUAUUGUCCAUCUCAGCUCAGAACAAUGCAAAUUAAUUGAUUUCCAAAAAGCCUGACCUCAUGCCUGGUUAGAUAAUUAUGUGAUUUAAUAUCAUAAAUUAAUGUUACAAUAGUUUUAUGAGGAUUUAGCACCCCAGAUGUUAUCAAGGCAUAGUAUUUAUUCUUUUAUCUAAAGUUACUCUCCACUGGCAGACACCCUUUUUGUGGUUAAUUUGAGUCUUGUUUAAUUUACUUCUCUUUUAAUCUAGGAACAAUGAUAACAACCAUGGCAUGGAAUGACAACACAAACAUGUUAUCAGCAUUCCAGGAUGGUAGAUUUAUUGUUUGGUACUAUCCAAGUGCUGUGUAUGUUGAUCAGGAUAUCCUGCACAAAACACUUCUUGAAAAAGAUUCCAGGUAAGGAAAAAAAUCCCUGCCAAUGCUUAAGUCAAAAACACCUUUAUCAUUUAAAGGGGGUGGGUUGGCGCAUGACUGAUAAGUGCUCAGCAAAGUUUGUUUACUUCCCACCUCUGUGGUGUGACUUCAAAUCCUGUUUUCCCUCCUCUUCUAUUUUGUAAACUGUUGUUGAUAAUGCUCAGAAAUGCAGGUUUUAACCAAAUAGAUCCUGACUUUUGUACAACUCUGUUUUGGUUACAUUCUUUUAUCAUGGCACCUGUACAACCCCUAAAGCUCUCCUUUUGAAAAUCAAGGGAAAAAAAUUGUGGUAUGAAGGCUGUAUUUACAAUAGAUGAUGAUGUAAGCUGCUCCAGAACAUGCUGUUCCAUUCUGCGAGAUACAAGCUUAAGUUUUUUAAAGAAGAAAGUUAAAGUGACGUAUGUUUUGACAUCUGUCAUUCUUUCUUUCAUCUUUUAAAAUGCUUAUUGGCUGAGUUAGGUCAGGCACAACAAGAAAAUAUUUUGCUCUUGGUCACAACACAAUCAUGGGCCUUGAGUUAAGUAUUUUCUGUCCAUCCCUUCUAUCCAGUCAAUAACAAUCCCAGACACCCAUGGAUUUCAAAGUUAUCAAUUUUAGUAUUAUUUAUUGAUUCAUUAAUGAUCAAAAACAUUAAAAACAAUUUCACUUACUACCACACUUGGAAUUCAUUUGAACAGAUGUUGCCCAGUUGCUGGUGAUCCCUGAAAAAAAUUUAGAGCCAUCUUAAGAAGUGGUCUUCUUCAGGAGUUGAAUUUAAUUACAAUGCCAAUGUCACUCUGUCAUCAUUUUUUUCCCCCAUUUUCAGUGAUUUUGGAAAGAACCCCCAGAUCGUCAGCUUCCUGGAAAAUCACUGCACAAUGAGAAGAGCUGAUGGCUCCCUGUGCAGCACAAUGUGAGUUUUCUCUUCACAUCAGUGCUAUAAAACUAGACUUAAGUUCUCUCAAAUAAUAUACUUUCCUGAUUUAUAGAAAAUGAAGCUGAACUAUGCAACUUGUGGUGAUGUAUGGCAAUUCAUCUGCUAUAGCUCACACUAACUUUAAAAUCCAAAUAUCAGGUCUUUAUCUAUAAUGCAAUAUUAACCCUUUCAGUCCCAGAAGUGAUUCACAUGUAACUUCUCCCAACAAUAUAUAUCCGUCCACUAUCCAGCAAACAGGUAAUGAGAGUAUAUACUCAAAUGUAUCAGGUAGUUGUCACCUUGAUCUAAAACCAAACUCUUGCAACUAAUAUACAAGUAAAUGUGUAGCAGCUAGAGGAGAGAGUUAACAAUCAGAUCCUGGGAGUUAAAGGGUUAACACUACCUGUAAUAUAAGUUGAGUGUUAGGAUGAAUUUUCUUGAGGGUUGUUGUUUGGUUGUUUGACAGAAUUUCACCAUAUCCUUCAAUGCUACACAAGUAUGCCAGUGAGUCAAAGUGGCAAGAUGGUAUUCGACUUUGCAGAUUUGUAAAGGUAUUAAAUAAUUAUUAAAUCAUUAAAAUGAUUAUUGAUUUCAUGCCAUUUAUGUGUGAUAGUCCAAACAGAAACAAAUAUGAAUUUGAACGUAACAAAUCUUUGCUUCUGAAGAAAGGACUGUCAGAGUAACAAACUAUAAUCUGGACUAGAUUAAGAAUAAUUGAUAAAAUUUGGAUGGACAGUCAAAACCAUGUUAUUGCUUUUUUUUUCAGGACACUGUUUUAUGGGCGUGUUUAGCGACAAUGGCUGCUUAUGCAAAGGAUCUCAACACAGCAGAGACAGCAUAUGCUGCUAUAGAUGAGGUUGGUACUAAAGCUUCUUUUUAACUCUUGAAUGCCCAAGAUCUCAUUAGUAAUUAUCUUCACUGUCUGCCAUACAAUUCUAAUAAUGCUAGUUCUGAGAGUUUGGUACUGGAUCAGGUAGAAAAUCCUCAAUCUUAUAUUUUUCUUUAUUCUCAUCACCAAUCUGAUUGAUAUUGUAUUGAUAUGGUAAGGAGAAAUUCUGUCUUGGUCACUCAUGGGAGGUGAAGGGUCAAUAUUGUGCUGUUAUUGAGUGAGCUGCAGCAGGUUUAGGACUGAGAGGGGUUGAAGCAGAACUGAUGAAUGGGCCAGGUGAUUGGAUUUGUGGAAGAAAAAGAGCAGAUGGGGUAGGGUGAGCUGGAAGAACACUUGAAAUCAAAUGCCACAAAACUGCACAGAGUUGCUGAAAAAGUAGUAGCUACCAAACUACUUGUGGACUUCAUGUUAGCAUACACUCAUGAGACAAACUGCUGACCAGAAACAACUGCCAUGAGGGUCUUAAUGGGAUAAGCUUAAGCAGAAAAACAGCAAAAAUUUUAACCAAUAGGCUUUAAAUUUAAAUAUGAUUUUCAAAAGUUAGCCGUGAAUCAUAAAAAUUUUUCUUCUGAUCAUAAUAGACAGAAAUUGACUCUUAGCUAAAAAAUGGCCAACAUUUUAAUCAUAAGUCAGAGAACUUCUGCCAAAGUUGUGGAGAUAAACUUUGUCAAAUUGACAUCACUUUAAUGUAAACUGUAGCCUCAGAAAUCACAGUCAAACUUGUUUUCAAUUCGCAGGCUGACAAAGUCCAAUACAUCAAUCACAUCAAGGAAAUUCCUACUAAAGAAGGAAGGAAUGCUGCCAUGGCAUUGUUCUGCAGACAGACUCAAGAAGCAGAGACAAUUCUCCUACAAGCUGGACUCAUUUACAGGGCAAUACAGAUGAACAUAGAUCUCUUUAACUGGGACAGGUAUAGACUGAGACAGAAAUCACUGGCAGCGCAAAAAGAGAUUUUCCUCAUUGAUAGUCUUUCAGGUGCAUUGAGAAAAUGAAGCCACUGCAUCUCUAACAGAUGUGAUCAAGGGAAAUAAGGAUUAGCUACAACGUAAACCCAGUUUUCUAUCAACAAAUGGAUAGCCUAAUAUCUUAUGUUUGCUUUCCUUUGUUUUAUGACAGGGCCCUUGAACUUGCUGUUAAGCACAAGACUCAUGUGGACACAGUUCUAGCACACCGACAGAAAUAUCUGGAGAACUUUGACAGGAAGGAAACAAGCAAACGCUUUCUUCAGUAUACACAAGGGGUAAGCAUAUACAUCUUCUUUUCAUUGGUUCAAGUUUCCUUUCUGUAGACCUAAAUCCAUUCAUGACACAUUCUCACUGUUAAAAUAGUUGAUGUGAAGCAUAUUUUUGACAAAGGCUAAAAUUUGUGUAUGUCAAAUUGUUCUGCAAUCUAAUAUUAAUAAUUUACAUGAUAAAAAAUGUGCUUCUAAUUGGCUGAAAACAAGUGCAUUUCUCAUGUAACAUGGGUGCAAAGUUGAAAUAUGAGUGCAAAUUACAAAUAGCACAGGCACACUUUCAAAAUUUGGCCUUUCUUGACUUUUGGUGAUGUUUCUUCAUGUUCAUUUUAAACAAGUAAUAAAAUGAUUUCUCUUGCAAUUUGGUGCAAUAAGCACCUGAAAGUUUUUCAAAGACUAAAAAUUGCACUCACCAUAUGGGCUCAUACAAUUUUGUUGUCUUUGAAAACUUUACCUGUGCUUAUUAACACCAAAUUGCAAGAGAAAUCAUGUUACUACCUUUACAAACAACAUGGAAAUAUUCUGUAAUUGGGGUGCCUUCUCAAGGGAGAAAUCAAUUUUUACCCCUCAUUAAAGUUUGAUAAAUGUGUCUUAUUUACAUGGUUCACCUGUAUGUUAUAGGUGGAAGUUGAUUGGGACAAAAUCAAAGCCAAGGUUGACAUGGAGCUACAGAAAGAGGCAGCAAGGCCAGGAGCCAAGCCUUACAAUGGCUGA